UCUGUCCCGCCUGUGCAGACGAACCGAAAUAAAUCGAAGAACUGUGAGCGAAGCGGAGCAGCACGGUUCUCGCUGGACGUGCAUAGUGAUGUUAAAAAGGAGUAUAUUUCGGUGCCUCAUGCGAAGACAAAGCAGUGAUCCGCGCUGAGACCGAGAAUAUUGUUGAUCGAGAAUACCGAGGACUGUUGCCGAGAAGAGUUCACGGAUGCAUAUGGAGGUGCCCCUGAGCCGGCGCUGCCUGAACCAGCUCAACAGCUGAUCGGAGUACGAGGCGGCGGUGACCGGGGCGAGAAUUGCACCACCACCCCGCAUACGGAAGAACAAUAUACGAUAUAUAUUGGUUACUGGGUACUCAGUGGUAGCUCUAGAUCAAACUAGGAACCUCAAGUUUCUGAAAAAAACCUCAAAAAGAAGAAAAAGAGAGGACGAGACCCAAGUCCUUCAUUUAACUGGACACGCCACCAUGGUGAAAACUUUCCAGGCAUACCUGCCCUCUUGCCAUCGCACCUAUUCGUGCAUUCAUUGCCGUGCUCAUCUAGCCAACCACGAUGAACUUAUUUCCAAGUCCUUUCAAGGCAGCCAAGGACGUGCCUACCUCUUCAACUCAGUGGUGAAUGUCGGUUGCGGUCCGGCAGAAGAGCGAGUACUGUUAACGGGGCUACAUGCAGUGGCUGACAUCUACUGCGAAUGCUGCAAAACAACACUUGGAUGGAAAUAUGAGCACGCGUUUGAGUCAAGCCAGAAAUACAAGGAGGGAAAGUUCAUAAUCGAGCUGGCUCACAUGAUCAAAGAAAAUGGGUGGGAAUGAACGGGUGAAUUGAUCGAUCGGAGUGAACCUCCGGACGUCACACGAAGACUUACUUCAAAUGCUUAUGGCGUUGUUUUAAUUGCAAUGUGCGGUAAUUUUUACCCGUCGAACCACCAACGAAAGUCUGUGAUUUCAUUUGUGAUUUCUAAUCUUAGUAACGUUUAUGUUCUCGGACGAUUUGAAGUAUUGGGUUUUAGUGUUCCGAUUUGUCCCAAGUAAGCGAUGAAGUUGACGGCGUUCACGCUACUUGUCUUUACAGAUCCGGCAAAGAGUAUUCAUAACGUAAUUAUUUUUGAACGAUAAUCGAAAGAUGGAAUUGAAAAUGACGCGGUUCAAGAAACAACCAUGAAUAACAAUUGUAACGGAAGUGCUGAGGGUAGUGGAGGUUUUAUAAAGAGGAAUUGUGGCUCUUUACAAGAACAGUGGGGGUACCUCCGGGUAAUAAUUUAAUAUUGACUGUCUUGUAACAACUCCACAUACGUACUACACGUAUUUAUACAUAUAUGUAUAUCCUUAUAUCAUACUAUAUAUAACGUAUAUUAUAGUACACGUGUAUUAUACAUAUACAUAUAUGUAUAUGCAUAAACAUAAAUGAAUAUACAUACUACUAUGGUUCAUGAAUACCAAGAUGAUCGUGCGGGUUAGGUCGAUGAUCAGUCACGAAUUACGCACCGAACAGCGCCUAGUAUCGAACAGAGUUUGCCGAACCGAGCAUCUACCGUCUGCCUACCUGCCUACCUGCCUCUGCGUUUAUCAUUGGGAUUUCACUGCCGAUAUUCCUUAAAAGAUUUAAAUUGAAAAUGCUGCAUCAACUCUUGGCGUUGCAGCGCUAGACAUAGCAUAGUCUAUACAUUGUAACGUGUAUGAUAUUGAAAAGCCUAUGAUAUUGCAAUACUAUAGAGCUCAUGAUAUGAUGUAAGAUCAGAAAGAUAAGAAGUAUACGAUGAAGAUAUGUAUGGGAGAAGCGGGAAAAAGGUGCGA